AUGCUGACAACCUUGCCCUUGGAAGCUUUCGUCUGCAGAGAAGUCAUGAACCUAUACUACUUCUCCCACGAAGCUUUUGAUCCUAACCGCCAUCUCAUCCUCACCACCGCAUUGGUCAUCUCAGCCAUGGGAUUGAGUCUGCUGACCUGCGACCUGGGCAUUGUGUUUGAGCUCGUUGGCGCCACCAGUGCUUGCGCUCUCGCUUACAUCUUGCCUCCCUUAUGUUAUGUUAAGCUUACCAAACGAAGGACAUGGGAGACGUAUGCUGCGUACGUGUGUAUAACGUUUGGUUGCAUCGUUAUGGGCAUUAGUGUUUUGCUCGCUGGCGCAAAGAUGGUCAGAGGGGAAGGCGGUGCACAGAGCUGUUAG